UCUGGUUCUCCGAAAGUGUUGCAUUUCAGACCGAAACCAAGAGGUUGUCCUUAAACAUAUUGUUCUCUGAAGGCUGUUUGUUGUUAUAGAAUCAUUUGUACAAAUUUUUAGACGUGUUUUUAACUCUUACCAAGUCCUGAAGAAUUUCAACGCCGCUAUUGUGGACAGUAGGUUUAAAUGAAAAUUAACAACUUGAUUUAGAGCACAAGACUUCUCAAGAAUAUUACAGUUUUUUUUGAAAGUUUGAGGCUACCUGAAAGUCGCCUGUCGCUCGAAAAUGAUACCGAAAUCAGAGUUUUAUGUUAGGCUUUUUUGCUGUUUCACAGGUAUCUUGGUUUGUCAUGCUCAGGUGGAGUGUGGUCAACCACUCCUGGAAAACAGGAUUGUUGGAGGAGUAGAUGCAUCGCAGGGGGCAUGGCCGUGGCAGGUGGAUAUUCAGACAGAGAAGGAUGGUCAUAUCUGUGGGGGCUCCAUCAUCACUCAGGAGUGGGUGCUGUCUGCUGCCCACUGCUUCCCAAAUCCGUUUGACGUGUCGGGCUACACCCUCUACGUUGGCCGUCACCAGCUCAACGGUUUUAACCCCAACGAGAUGUCGCACCGCGUGAAGCGCAUCGUGAUCCCAUCCAGCUACUCAGACCCCAAUUUUGGACAGGACAUGGCCUUGGUGCAGCUGCAGAGCCCUGUCGUCUGGUCGGCGUUUGUCCGGCCCAUCUGUCUGCCUGACGCCUGGACACUGUUCCCAGGGGGCCUGCUCUGCUACGUUACAGGCUGGGGAAAUAUCCGUGACGGGGUCCCUCUGGGUGGAGUGGGGACACUGCAGCAAGUUAAGGUGCCAAUCAUCUCGUCGUCUUCCUGUCAGAUGAUGUACAGCCUGAACCCGCCGGUGACAGUGAACAUCCUUUCUGACAUGAUCUGUGCCGGUUAUCAAGAGGGUGGCAGGGACUCCUGCCAGGGGGACUCUGGAGGACCCCUGGUCUGCCAGAUGGUGAACGGGACCUGGGUGCAGGCCGGGGUGGUGAGUUUUGGCCUGGGCUGUGCCAAUGCCAACCAGCCCGGCGUCUACGCCAAGGUGUCCACCUUCUCCAGCUUCAUCCGCAGCAACAUACCAGAGAUCAGUCUGUACGGCCGGGCCGGUCCCAACUGGGCCAGCUCCCUGGCCGUGCUGGCUAGCUCCCUGGCCACUCUACUAAUGGGCCAGCUGCUUUAGAUGGGGCUUCCUAAGAGCGCCAUAUCUUAAAGGGACAUUUUAUGUCAUUUGACCUGAACCUGGUUUUACACUUACCUUGGCUGUAGUAGAUGACUGUUUUAGGCACAUAUUCUGCUUUAUUUUAAAUUAUUUUAAUUUACCAUAUUAAUAUUAUGCCAAAACAACUUUUUGACCAAACUGACGGGACAAAAUAUGACAAUUUAUUUCCCAAGUAAGCAGAAUCUUUACCUUUCUGGGUCAAGAUAUGUGUAAAACCAGAUGUCAAAUUUCAUGGAAUGUUGCUUUAAAGGAAAGGGCCGAACCUGCGGUGGCAUAAACUAUACCAUGUUGUUUUAAUGAUGGUUAGAUCUUUAUACGCAACUCCUCACAAAUACAAGUGAUUCUGAAUAUACAAGCUAUAUAGCUAAUCAGCAGAAAAAACAGGGUGAUAUUAUGGGUAUUUAUAACUUGUGAAAUGUAAAGCCAUAAUAGGUCUGUCUAUUUUAGCACACAUAUUAACGUCUUGUAAAAUUAACGUUUUUAAGCUUUAAGUUUCUUAUGUUUUUAAUGAUGAAUAAAUGAUUAAAAUGUAAAGUAAUUUACGAGAAUUGUCACUACAUG